GAUUUCCACGGAGCAUUCGCCAAAGCUUCAGAUCCGGAGUCACAGCUACCUGCGGGCGGUGAGUGAGGUUUCCAUCAAUAGGAGUCUGGACAGCUUGGACCCGGCAGGGCUGCUGGCCUCGCCUAAAUUUCGCUCGAGAAACGAGAGCUACAUGAGAGCCAUGAGCACCAUAAGCCAGGUGAGCGAGGUGGAGGUGAACGGGCAGAUCGAGGCGGUGUGUGAGGCGGUGUUCAGUGAGAUGGAGUCGCAGGCGGUGGACGCUCUGGACCUGCCGAUGUCCGGCUGCUUUCGCAUGAGGAGCCACAGCUACGUCCGUGCCAUAGAGAAAGGCUGCUCGCAGGAGGAAGAGGAGGGAGGAGGAAGAAAAGGAGGCGUCGCCAACUCCCCCCCGCGCACCACCACCACCGUCAGGACCAUCCAGAGCAGCACAG